UUCCUGGAGCAAGGAGAAGGCGGCACCUGACUUUCACAGCCAGGCAUAACACAGAGACGCUGCUGUUUGUACGGCAAUAAUGGAUACGAGCUAACUGUUUGGUGGUAAUUCGCUGCUAAUUGCCGGAGAAGCGCGGCCAGAUUGUCAAAUAUAAUCACCAAGUGUCACUGCGUAUACUCGGCCAGACGUUUAAUUCCUGUUUUGUGACUCCCGAUUCUACCGGUCUGUAGACAGCUAUGGGUGGGCUGGGGAACGGGCGUCGUGGAGGAAGAUCACCCCCUCUAAUGAUUGGUGCUCUAAUCGCCUGUAUCCUUGUUCUGGGCUUUAACUACUGGGUUUCCAGCUCCCGCAACCUGGAGCUACAGACGAAGCUAUAUGAGUUAGAGGGCCAGGUGCGACGUGGAGCAGCAGAGCGAGGAGUAGCAGAGAUAAAGAAGAAUGAGUUCCAGGAGGAGAUCCAGAGACAGAAGGAGCAGAUCAGCCACAUAGAAAGCCUCUACAAGAGACAGCUUGAAGGAGCCCAGAACACCUGCAGCCAAGAGAAGGGCACACUGCAGCAGAACAUUUCCUCCAGUACCAAAACCAUACAGGAACUCAAAGGUCAGUUGAAUCAGCUGAAUGAUGACCUGGGGAAGCUGCAGAAGGAGCUACAGAAUUGCCAAGGCAACAUCAACACCCUUAACAACAAACUCACUUAUGACAUGACCCAUUGUCACUCCCAGGUCCUGUCCCAGAAGGAGUUGUGUGAUGAGAGAGUGGCGGCUGCUAAACUUGAAGUUCAGAAGAAAAUGGAGAAGCUCAUCAUCCCUUCCCCAGGCGUCUCCUCACAUGAAAACGCAGUGGAUGGAGAAGUAAAAGAGGACGAACCAGUCAUGACUGGGGCUGAUACACUUAAGACAGCAACUGUUGUAAACCACACUCCAAGCCUCUCUGAGCCCCAAGGAAAUGAACCACCUGAACUACUGACCAAUGAGAUCCUUGUAGACAAAGUUCCCGAUGCCCCAGCUGACCUGCCUACAGUAAAGGAUCUCUCCAAAGCAGAUUUCCAGUCUGUUCCUUCUGCUGCUGCAGUCAAGCAGGACAUUUUGCUACCACCAGAGGGAGGUGUCAAUACACAGGAGGGAGAGGCAGAGGCCAGUAAACUUCUGAAGAAUAAUCUGACUGAGGAUAAGGAGAUGGAGGUGAUGGAUGCUCAUGAAGAGGGCGCUCAGACAGAAGAGGCAGACCCUGGGAUGGAAGGCAUGCUGAUUGGCCGGGGGAAGGCAGGUGAGACUCCUGUUGAUCAGAAGCUGGAGGAGCCAGAAGAGUAUGACGCAGAUGAGCAAGUAGUGGGCGCAGUCGAGUUGAAGAAACAACAGCAGAGCAAACGGGCUGAAAAUAUAGACAAGGACAUGGAGGAGGAACUGGCUGACUAUAAUGGGGAUGAUGAGAACGAAGGGGAAUUUGAAGCAGACAAACAAGCUGAGCUUGCUCAAAACUAAGGGCUGGAAUUGGAGAAGGAUCCUAGACAAGACAUUUUGGAAGCAAGACCAGUUUUACACCCCAGCACAACAGCACCAUACAGAUUAAUGCAGCUCAUUAAACACAGUGAGCACAAAGCAAAUCUAGAGGGAAAUUUCUAUAGGAAAGCCUUGUGACAUUAGUUCAUUUCACCAGGAUUUGCUUCACGGAAUGUCUUUUAUUUGUCUUCCUAAUUGAAAUUUGUACACUUGAUUUUAUUACAUGUUGUCAGAUAUUUAAUCAGUUGGGAUCAUCAAGCUUUCUCUUACUGGAGUAAGAAUAGUUGGAACUUCAUAUCUAAUUCACAACCGAUUGCGAUAUGCAAAUGUCAGUCAAGCAUGCAUACAUUUUCCAUUCACAUGCAUUUCACUGUUUCCAUAACACCCUGAUAUGGUGGUGACUGUGUUCAUAUUCAUUUCAGUAGGUUUAGGUGAUAUGAAAGUACUUUUAAGUAUUUUCUUAUCACCUGCUACAUAGUAUUCAUAUGGAAUGUCAAACACAGAUUAAGACAUCUCAAGAUUUGACGCCAUUUGGCUUGAAAAAUUCAGACAUCUCAACAUGCUUGUAGAUCAGUAGAUUUUUAUUUUGGGAUUAGAUUUGUUGUUUGUGUUGACUCUGUAAUGACUGUAACUUGAUGAUAAUGUGCAGACCCUUAUAGGGUUACCUGGUGUCAAAUACUGUAGUAAAUGUAAAUGAUCUGAGUGGUCCCAGUUACAGAACUCCUCCAUCAGUGGGCUCUGUAGCACAUGCCUCUUCUCUCUCAGAGGUUCAACAGAAUCUUAAGCAAUGCCUGGAGCUACUCUUGUACAGUCUCUCAUGGAAAGAAUGCUGACAUUGGGUCAAUGUCAGGACAUAUCAUGCUACAAAAUGUCCAUAAAAGCCACAAAUGAAGGAAAUAUGGUGAUAUUCUUGAUAGACUGCUGUUAUUUUGAUGCUAAACCCAGUCAAAUGGAAAAACAAAAAGCAGCUUUUUUGAUUCCCAUGUAGCCAAAGAUGCUCUAGGCUGGCUUAAUAGAUAUGCCACAUAAAAAAUGGGCAAAUUCACCUUAUAAAUUAUAUGCUGCUGUAACUUUGUCGGGUUUUAAACAUACUGUACUAUGAUUGCUGUAAAUGGACAUUUGUGAGCAAUGAGCAGUCGUCUUUAAAGCGUCACUCUGAAUUGCUUUGGCAUUUUAUUGGCACCAAGGCUUUUAUUCUCAGCUGUAUUUCAGAUCACAAAGUGUCACAAGGUCGAAUGUGUGCUGUGUUCUACAUUUAAGAUCAGCAAGACAGAACUACACUGAAAGGAAUAGUCUGGAAAAUCUGGAUAGCGUUUGUAGAUCAACAUUUUAUUUUAUCAUGACGCAUGCCUUAUUAAUUCUGUGUGCAACAGUUUUCCCCUGGUCAGUUGCUUCUGAUUGUGGACCUGCUCAGAGGGUUUACUUUGUGGAUACUGUCUCUGGUCUGCUGAAUUGGAUGCACUGUAACUUUGUUGAGGACGUGGAGAGAGAUUUCUCCAAAUUGCUGUAACGUUAUGAAGGAAAUUUCCUUGAAGUAGCACCAGUGUGUUGUGCUAUGAGGCUACUGCAUUCCAGUGAAUGUGAACUCUUCGGUAGCUGUGCUAAAAUGUAUUUGUGUGCUCAACUUAAAAUUGUACUAGACUGGAAUUUGUGUGGGUGAGUGCAAGCAUGAACUAAUAUUAGGCAUCAGAAAUAACAAAAAGUUAAAUAUGUAGCAGGAUAUUUUGUUCCCUUGUGUUUUAUACAGAACAGGUGAUUUUUUUAUUUUCCAGGUAUUCUGCUUUACUUAAAAGGGGUGAAUUUAAGCACAGACCAACAAUUACUCACUACACUGUAGUUCUUAUUGCCAUAAUUUCCAUAGUAUCAACCAAGUAUCAAAUUAUCGAUAGUUAACUCCACUUUUCCAGAUUAACAUAGUGGAAAGUUACCUUCCUAGAGUGCUGUUAUUUGGCUAUCUGAAAUUUCUCUGUGUGUAAUAAAGCACAGAUGGUUGAUGGAAUACAAUGGCUGGGUUUUGCUCUCAGCUCUUAUGCACCUGGCAGUUACAAGUCCAAGUGUGUAGGACAGAACUGGAAACUCUCUUGUCCGUUUCAUUUCCAAAGUUUCAAGCUAAGUUUGAAGUUUAGCUGCUUCCAUGUCUAUCAUUACAUUCGGGCAGCUGUUCGGUCUGUCAGAAACUACGAGCCAAAUCUUGAGGAUUCCAAACGUGCUGAAUUUUAGUGAAAUGUGUCUAAAAUGAUAAAAUGCAAAGAAAACUUGAAGAGUUUCCCUUUUGAUGUAAAGAUGCAGGCAUAACAAAACUUGGUUUUGACUUAGUAAUGGCAUACAUUAGCUCUAAUGAAGAUGCAUAUCCAGAAUAUCCAGAAUAUACAAUAUAUAGAACAUUGUUAUAUGCUGUGCAUUUUUCUCUUACUUUGAAGCACACGGAGAAUAUCAACAGAAACAUUGUGAUUCAGUAAGUUGACUGUUUUAGCCCCAUAGACUCGGAAUUCUAAAAUUCUCAUUAUUAGCUUUAUAGUUACAUAAACAUUAUCCUAACACUAAACAGGUGUCAUCAAAACUUGAUCAUGCUUAUUUUGAGUGAACUAAAUAAAGCAAGGUGAUGUUCUUUACAACUUCAGCUUUCCAUCAAAAGGUAAAAUAAGAUGUUAUAGCACACACUUCCAUACUUUUCCUCAUGGCUUUUUUAUAAUGCUUAACCAUGUGAAGAGUUUCUAAGUUAUUGGGAACAACAUUUCAGUUCAAAGUCCUUCAUCAAGUAACUUUUUCUUCCCUAAAAAAAUGGUGAUUUAUGAUUUCAAACUCUUUUCCAGAGAGGGCUCACUCAAAUUUCAAAGUAGCAACUAAAAGACAGUUAAAGACGGGGGGAAACCCUUUGUCAAUAGGCAAGAUUAACUUGGACUGCAGCAUCAGCCCCGACAGCUCAGAAAGUGUCCGAACCAGUCCUCCGUCAGUGUUCCUGUUGAAAGUGAUAAACACAAACCCUUUUGUCUGCCUUUUGUCUCCCUUUUGAUCGAUCUUGGAGGGGACACACUGUUCCUGAUAUGUUUUUUAUUAUGUAAUUUUGUUUUCAGUGUUGCUGUUGUCUGACGCUGCAAAGCUUGGACAACCACUGCUUUGUUGUGUUAGAAAGCUUUGUCUGCCUAAUUGUGUAAAAAAACAAAACAAACAAACCCAUUUUCUGAACUAGAAGUAUGUUUACCUGGAGGGAAAAUGCUGAUUGUGAAAUGAUUUUUAUACAUUGGAUUAACUUUUUUGGUUGAUUUCAGUUGUUUGAAAAUUUUAUUUUAUUUUAUUCUUUACUGCUGAACAAAUGUAUGAAAGGUCUAAAUAAUAACAGGCUUUAUUGAUGACAGAGAAUAAAAUUUGUUUUUAUUACCA